UGCGUCUGGUCCAAGCAAACAUGAGGCAGCUGCCAGCCGGCAGCCCCGUUCUCCUCGGCUGGCUUGGAGGGGGGAGGCCAGCAACAGUUCCCCUCCACCCAGGAUGCAGCUGGCCAAGGAGGUGAUGAAGGUGUCGGACGGCAGCCUCCUGGGAGACCCCGGGCACACGCCACUGAACAAGAAGGAGGGCGUCAAGUGGCAGAGGCCGCGGCUAACCCGCAAGGCCCUGAUGCGGUGCUGUCUGGUCAAGUGGAUCCUGUCCAGCGCUGCCCCACAGGGCUCAGACAGCAGCGACAGUGAGCUGGAGCUGUCCACAGUCCGCCACCAGCCAGAGGGGCUGGACCAGCUGCAGGCACACACCAAGUUCACCAAGAAGGAGCUGCAGUCCCUCUACAGGGGUUUCAAGAACGAGUGUCCCACAGGCCUGGUGGAUGAAGACACCUUCAAGCUCAUUUACUCACAGUUCUUUCCUCAGGGAGAUGCCACCACGUAUGCACACUUCCUCUUCAACGCCUUCGAUGCUGACGGGAAUGGGGCCAUCCACUUCGAGGACUUUGUGGUCGGCCUCUCCAUCCUGCUGCGGGGAACAGCCCACGAGAAGCUCAAGUGGGCCUUCAAUCUGUACGACAUUAACAAGGACGGAUACAUCACCAAAGAGGAGAUGCUGGCCAUCAUGAAGUCCAUCUACGACAUGAUGGGCCGCCACACCUACCCCAUCCUGCGAGAGGACGCACCUCUGGAGCACGUGGAGCGGUUCUUCCAGAAAAUGGACCGGAAUCAGGAUGGGGUGGUGACCAUGGACGAGUUCCUGGAGACCUGUCAGAAGGAUGAGAACAUCAUGACCUCCAUGCAGCUGUUUGAGAACGUCAUCUAGGUCAUGGAUGUGGGGACCCUGGGCUGGCUAUGCCAUCUCAACCCCAGAGAAACCUCAUCCUGCCAGGAACAGCCUCCAUGAGAAACUUUUUUCUAAUAUAUUUAAAAAAAGUGAACUAUUUGCUCCAGACACUCACACACACUCUCACACACACACACACACACA